AUGACUGCGGCGACUCAGGACACAAACGAGCGAGCAGCCAACAACGUCGUCGUCGCCUCAACACAUGCCGCCAAUGCUUCCAUAUCCCGCAUCUAUCGCCCAACGCAGAUCAAUGAAAAGACAAUACGCACGCGGCUUGACACUGGUGCUGAUGUCACAUUACUGAGCAAAGCGGACUGGAUCGCCAUGGGCCGACCGAUGUUGCGACCCCCUCGAAUCACUAUGAGAUACGAGUGCAGUUUCGUCAUUGAUGGUCAUCACGGACGAGGUACCCGCUACGUUGCCGACACACCGUCAUCGUCGAUGAGGAUAUAUUACAGAUGGAGCCCUCGGUACGCGACGUAG